GCGAACGGCAAUGCUAAUGGCAACGCGAACAAAGAGGACAAUGACACCGGUAAUAUCAAAUUUGAUAAUGAAUCACGAAACUUUCGAGAUGUGAAAGAUGUAGACAUUAAACCGGGAUCUGUGCUGACAGGGCGAGUGGAAGACUCUGCAACCGAUCCGCUAACAGCCCGCGGUGAUGAUUCUCAGCGAACAGCAGAUGGAACGAGCAGCGAUGAACCGAUCGUAACUAAAGACAUUUCAGGGAUCGACAUGGACACCACAGGAAUUCCUACCAGCGAAGUGGACGUACCAAUAUCUACAAAGAAAACUGCUGGGAGUACCACAACAGGCGACAAAAAGCGCAAGGAAAAAGUAAAACAAGCAACAAAAACCGAGGCGCUGUCAGCUCAAACUAUGGAUGCAGCAACAGAAGAGGGAAAGCAAUACAUACGCGGGGAUCCGACAUUCACUAGUAUCAGCGAUGAAGGUAGCAGCAGCAUAUUUUCAGAAGGUGGAUAUGGAAGCUCGCCACUUGUAAUCGGGGGCAAAAAGCGUGGAUGGCAGACGGAAGCUCAGACUGGUCUGUACGCUGCCAGCUCGAGUUUCCACAACACGUUGCGCUUUUCAGUUUGUUCGGCGGCCAUCGUCUCAAUCAUGUUUUUAAUGGUUUUUCACUUUGAAGUGCUCAAUAAGGGACUUGCUCGUCAUUUUCCUACCGGAUCCAAGUGGACUCCGAACACUUGGGAAUUUGCGAUGUACGUGCAAUACAUCCAACAGAUCGCUGCGAUUUCUGCGCUGACUCUCCUGAAAACCCCGUAUUUCUUGUGGGAGUUCACCGAUCUUUUCUCGUGGGCUAAUUUCCUCGUUUAUCGUGCUCAAGAUGAUUCCCCUGCGUCUGGACGUCGCCUCACAACUAUUAUUCUCGGAGGUCUAGUGGGGUAUGGAGACCGCAUUGGAACGAGUGAAACUGAGAUGAUGUACGAGACCAUCUCUGGGUUCGCGUUAGCUCUUGGCUUCUUCCUUGGAAUUGUAUUUGGAGCGACGAUGUACAACAGGUGGCUUGAACAUAUCGGGGAAAAAGGACGCCGAGGUGUGAUCUGGCGCUGUUUGGGUCUGGUGCCGUUAGUCUGGUUCUUCUCGCUUCUCCCCCUGACCAUGACGGUGUCAUUUGAGAUAUCCAUGGAAUUCAAAUCGGGUAUGUUGGAAUUGUGGCCACUUGUAGUCGCGUUCUUGGUACUGAUCCUGGUCAUUUGUGGAGUCACUAUCGUGGUAGUGCGGAUUCUAUUGCACCGCACGGAGCGCGACUUACGGAGGUUUCGCUCACGUGCUCUCUGGGGCGUGUUCUACGCCGACUGUAAAUAUGGUGGACGUCUCUUCUUUUUGCUGGUAAUUGCUCAACAAGUGUGCAUGGGCAUGUGCUUGGGUCUCUUGGACGACAGCAUGGUGAUCCUUGUAUUGCUAGUUACGCUUCACGUGAUGUUUCUGGUUGCGGUCUUUUUGACCAACCCGUUCCAAGAUGGCACUUUGCUCGUCAAGCGCGGUACCUACGUGAUCACUACCGUCAAGCUCGUGAAUCUAGCAUUGGCUUUUGCCUUUCUUCCGAUGUCAACCUUGUCGGUUCCUGGUCUUGAUCGGGUUGCAAAUGCGUUCAUUGGUCUCAACUCGAUCGUGAUCAUUGGCUGGUGUAUCCGACACGUUUUAAUUUUUGGGAAACUGGUCAUUGCAUCAACCAAAGUGGAAUUUGAGAACUGGAACGCUCGAAACCUGCAGGCUGCGUAUGACAUAUCGCCUUCAAGUUAUCAACUGGCUGUGAAAACCCGGUAUUAAGCAAGCAAAAACAUUCGUAUCAGCCUCAGCGGUAGGGCUGGACAGUAGUGGAUAUCUAGUAGGAAAGCAUGUCAGAAUAAUGCGUUGUUUUAUCUCUAUUUUGCUCGGUUUACACGUUUGGGAUGAUAACUUGUCGAUACGC